GGGUGGCGCGAGGCUGGCUGGAAGCGGGCGGGGUCCGACGCAAGCGCGUGCACCUUCGGGGGGGGGAGGGGGCGGGGGAAGGAGCAGAGAACGUUUGCAAACCGACGUUUGUAGGCAACAAACGGGCGGUCACAGAGGGAAGGCGGUGAGCUCACAAUUCCCCACAACAAUCCCACUCUUCGGGGCGGGCUGCAGCAUGGAAAAGGGGGCGCAGGGGGAAACCCCCCGAGAGCAGCACCGCCUCCUGCAGCCCACGGCUUGGCCGCCCACCCCCCGCAUGGACCACCUCCUCGUGCACCCUCUGCCGGACCAGGGAGCCAGGGACUCGCACCUUCUCUUUUUCCCCCCAAAACAAGGCCCGCAGCCUCCCCGCUUGCACCCCCUGCCCCCCAAACAGAAUGCCCUGCGCAGGGAGCAGAAACUGCCGCCCCCGCCGGGUGAGGGAGCUGCUUGUAAAGUAGCCCAGCCGACCCCCUCGGAGGACCCAGUGGGCGCCCCCCAGCAGGGGCUCGGCUUGGAAUCUGGGAGUUGUGGGAAGCCCGAAGAGCAGGAGGGGGAAAAAGUUCAGCCCCGGGGGUUGAAAGUGAAAGCCGAGGACCGGGAACAAGAGAGCCAGUUGGCCUUCUCCAGCAGUAGCAAAAAAAGGAGAGGCGAGCACAGAGCUGUGGCCAGUCGCCGAGCAGGGAAAGAGGAGUGCAGCAGCAGCAGCAAUGCCAAGGAAGUGGGGGAGACCAAAGGGAGGAAAGCAGAAGAGCCGGAGGAGAUCAAGAAAGAGGCACAACUGAAUGGAAACAGUGAUGCCAGAGACCUGGGGUCUGGAAAAGAGGGUGCCAUCAAAACAGAACUGGUGGAAUCUCUCCAAGAGGACUGCAAAGGGAAGGAGGAGGUGGGGUCCAAGUCUCACCCAGCAUCCAGUAGCCCCGCUCAUGUAAACAAAGAUCCUAACUUGCCUCAGCUGCUUGGGACUCAGCAUCCUCAAGAGCUGAAGAUUCCUGUUACACUCCAUCCUGUCCCUCCCGGGGCUAGGAUCCAGUUUCAGGGACCAUCUCCACCUGAGCUCAUAAGAGUGACUAAAGUGCCAAUGGGACAAGUACCCCUUAAAAUGCAGUCCCUGCUGGAGCCGUCUGUGAAAAUUGAAACUAAAGAUGUGCCUCUCACAGUGCUACCCUCAGAUGCAGGGAUACCAGAUACUCCGUUUAGCAAAGAUAGAGAUGGCCAUGUCAAGCGUCCUAUGAAUGCAUUUAUGGUAUGGGCAAGAAUUCAUCGGCCAGCUUUAGCCAAAGCUAAUCCUGCUGCCAAUAAUGCAGAGAUAAGUGUACAGCUUGGAUUGGAGUGGAACAAACUCACAGAAGAGCAAAAGAAACCCUAUUAUGAUGAAGCUCAGAAAAUUAAAGAAAAACACAGAGAAGAAUUUCCUGGUUGGGUUUAUCAACCACGGCCUGGCAAAAGGAAACGGUUCCCACUGACAGUCUCCACUGUAUUCUCGGGCACUACUCAGAAUAUAAUUGCUACAAGCCCUAUGACAGCCUCCACCGUAUUUACUGGAACAACACAGAAUAUUAUUACUACAAAUCCAACAACUAUUUACCCUUUCCGUUCACCCACAUACUCUGUGGUUAUACCAAGCAUACAGAACAGCAUUGGACACCCAGUCUGUGAAGCACCUUCUACUAUCCAGCUGCCAGCUCCUUCUCCUCAGCAUCCAGGCCCUAUUACGCUGUUCCAGCCAAAUGUAGGAAGCACAACACCAUUGGCAACACCAGGUGGAAACCUACCAAUUCACCCAGUCCUUCAGCCUCAACGUUUUGCUGCACCUUCUCCAACAGAAGCUCACCAUGUUUCUUCAGGAACAAAUUGCUCUGUAAAGAGACCUACUCAGAUUUCCAUUGAGACUGCAAGCAGGAACCCGAAUAAUACGAGCACCACACACUCGAGAUACAGUGUGUCAAGCAGUCAAACACCUAAGGACUACUCAGGUGUUUCUCCUUGUUCUAGAAAUGGACCCAUUCCCCAAGCACCACCUAUCCCCCAUCCACACGUUUAUCAGCCUCCUCCCAUCAGUCAUCCAGCCACCUUGUUUGGAGCUCCUCCUCGAUUUUCAUUUCAUCAUCCUUACUUUUUACCUGGACCCCAUUAUUUCCCAUCAAGCACAUGUCCAUACAGCCGACCUCCAUUUGGCUAUGGAAACUUCCCCAGCUCCAUGCCUGAAUGCCUUGGCUUUUAUGAAGACCAGUAUCAAAAGCAUGAAGCUAUGUUUUCAGCUUUGAACAGAGACUAUCCUUUUCGGGAGUAUCCUGAUGAGCACACGCAUAGCGAAGAUUCCCAUAGCUGUGAAAGCUUGGAAGGGGCAUCCUAUUACAGCAGCCAAAGUCAGACUGAGGAGGAAUACUUAAACCCAAUGCCACAGCUGGACAUUGGAGCUCUUGAGAAUGUUUUUACCGCAACCCCAUCCACCCCCUCUAGUGUACAGCAAGUCAAUGUGACUGAUAGUGAUGAUGAAGAAGAAGGAAAGGUGUUAAGAGAUUUAUGAAUUUUAAAACCAAAUGACAGUAAACCUAGCAUAUUUUAAAAACAAAAUAAAACAUGUUGGUCCUGUAACACCAUGUUAGUGAGUGUGGUCAAAAAUAUAUAUUAUAAAUAUAGGUUAUUUACAUAUUUUUCAAUGUACAGGAAAUUUUCCUGGAUCAUCACAGGAAUUAUACUUUAUUAAUAUGUAAUUGCUCUGGUCAAAACUGUGCAAUUUGUUUGUUUGUUGUUUCUGCACCGCCUCUAAGCUGAAUACUAGUGGGAAAUACUUCAUGAGCACCUUCAUGCACCUUAUUGAUUCUACACCGAUCCGGCAUAGCUGGCCAUCCUGCACCAGCUAAACACAUAAUUUAUUCAACUUUGCAGGGUUGUGCAAAAGAGGGAUGACAAUUCAUAGAGUCAGUGUACAGCUCAAUAUGUAUUAUGUAAGUGCUAUACCAGAGCAAUAGAUACAUACAGAAAUUGUACACCAGAAUCUAAGCUUGUUCUACUCCUGUCCUAAUCCUAUUGAUAAGUGGUACUAGGAUCCUAUAAGAGGCUGACUUUGCUUUCCUAACUUCAGACUAGUAUGUAUUCCUGGGUGAUAUGAUGGGGUUUCUUUCUACAUAUUUAUUGAAGAAAGAAAUUAUUCCGUUUUUAUAUUUCUUUUUUGUGCACAGAAAACACACAUUUUGUUCCUCUUCAGAU